CUGCGCUCCACCGUCAGCACAUGAUCUGCGUUUAUAAAGUUUAUAAUGCCGGUUUGUAAUUUCUUUCUUCAAGGUCGCUGCAGAUAUGGAGACACAUGCUGGAAUGAACAUCCGACAGGUGGAAGAGGAGGAGAUUAUAGAGGAAACCAGCAGCCGAGCAACAGAGGAGGUUUUGGCAACCGUGUGUGGAUAAACCCAUCUCAGCGUGGUGGCGGCGGCUCCUCGUCAGCAGGGGGCAGUAAUGAGUGGGGCAGAGGUGCAGCAUCAGCGCGGGACGUCCAGAGCUCAGAGUUCAGCUUCAGCCAGAACAGAUUCUCAGCGCUGGAGACACAGAGAGCGGGAGCCGAGGACACACACACAACCCUGGACACAAUCCAGAAGGAAAUGGAGGUGUGGCAGACGUCUGGCCAGUGGCCGUUCUCCUGCUAUUCUGCUGUUAAUAGACAGAUCUCAGGGUUUAUUGAGUUGUGUCCUGAGGAGCUGAGACUGGAAUAUUACACUAGCCGCGCGUCUGGUGACAUUCAGCCUUACAUAAACUCAGUCCAGCAGCUGGCCAAUCAGUGGAGGAGUAGAGUUCAGGAGCUGAGGAACAUGAGCAGCUCUACACAGAUCAGUGUGAUUGCAGAGCUCAAAAGUUCCAGUCCUCCAGCAUCUGCGCCGGGCUUUGGCUCUCCGGGUCCCGGGUUUGGCUCAGCGACAUCAGGCUUUGGAAACACAUCACUAUCAUCACCGCCAGCAGGCUUUGGAGGAGCAGGGUUUGGAUCCGGGCCGCAGAGCAGUAGCACUUUCAGCUUUGCCCAGUCAAAAACAGACUUUGGCGCCUCGAAUACCCAGCAGGCCUCUGGUUUCGGCAGCUCAGCGUUCGCUCAGCCCUCAUCAGGUUUCGGCAAUCCUGCCCCGUCUGCAGCCUCAUUUUCUUUCGCAGCUGCAGAUUCAGAAAGCAAACCGAGCGCUGGGGGCUUCGGCUCCGCAUCUGGCUUCAGCUUCAAGACGGCUACAGCAGGACAGGGCUCUGGCUUUGGCUCCGGCUUUGGCUCCAGCUCUGGCUUCGGCUCCAGCUCCGGCUUUGGCUCCAGCUCUGGUUUCGGCUCUGCCUUCGGUUCGGCCGCACCGGCCCAGAGCAGCAGCUUCGGUUCAACUGGCGGAGCUGCAGAUACUCAAUCUGGACACGGUCUCUUCACAGCUAACAGCGAGCUAACUCCUGAAGAACUGAAGGAGUUCAUGGCUAAACGCUUCACGCUAGGACAGAUCCCCCUCAGACCUCCUCCUGCUGACCUCCUCAUGAUCUGACACUAAAAGCGGCCUCCAUUUUUGUACAAUAAAUCUUUAUGGACUAUGA